AAAAAGCAGGCCAGCUGUCGGUACGAGUUCAGAAGUUGUGUUUUCCAACAUCAGUGAGGACCCGCUGGUGACUAGGGCCUAUAUCUUGUACAGCCGAGUAACUCACACCAUGGCGGAGCCCGAGGAUGUCGGAACUUUUGGCGUCUGGGACUAUGUGGUCUUCGGCUGCAUGCUGGCCAUCUCGCUUGGUAUUGGCUUCUUCUAUGGCUGCACAGGAGGCAAACAGAAGACGACCAGCGAGUUCCUACUGGCAGACCGGAACAUGAACCCCAUCCCCGUGGCCAUGUCUCUAGUAGCUAGCUUCAUCUCAGCUAUCACCGUGCUGGGUACACCUGCCGAGGUCUACAUCUAUGGCUCCAUGUUCUGGCUCUUCGCAUUCACCUAUCCCAUCAUUGCAAUCGUAGUGUCACGGCUGUUUAUACCGGCCUUCUUCAGGUUAAAUAUAACAAGUGCAAAUGAGUACCUCGAACGGCGGUUCAACAAAGUAGUUCGCGUCUGUGCCACGCUCACCUUUUUUCUAAAUAUGGUGAUGUACAUGGGAAUAGUGAUCUACACUCCAGCGUUGGCACUCAAUGCGGUGACCAAUAUCAGUCUAUGGGGAUCAGUUCUGGCCACGGGACUCGUCUGCACUGUGUACACGACAGUUGGUGGCAUGAAGGCUGUACUGUGGACUGACGUCUUUCAGAUGUGCGUCAUGAUGGCUGGUUUCCUCGCCAUCAUCAUCGCUGGUUCCAUGCGGCUCGGUGGGCUGGGCGUGGUCUGGCAAAUCGCUGAAGACGGAGGACGCAUCGACUUCUGGAAUUUUAACUUCGACCCGACUAUCCGUCACACCUUUUGGUCCAUUGUGAUCGGGGGUUGCUUCACGUGGUCUACAACUUACGCAGUCAACCAAUCACAGGUGCAGCGAUACUUGACUACAGGGUCUGUCAAGAGAGCCCGGAUUUCGAUGUUUUUAGCAGCUGCAGGUAUGGUGAUUGUCGUCUCAGCCGCAUGUCUGUCCGGACUGGUCAUGUACUCCUAUUACGCAGAUAAGCAAUGUGACCCUUACACCAGCAACAAAAUACAACAAACAGAUCAGCUUAUUCCAUAUUUCAUGAUGGAGCUGUUUGGGACGAUCCCUGGCCUUCCUGGUUUCUUCACUUCUGCCGUCUUCAGUGCCGCGCUCAGUACUGUGUCGUCCGGGCUGAACGCACUAGCAGCUGUGACUGCUGAGGAUCUCGUCAAGCCGUGCUUUCCCCGUAUGAGACAGGAACGGUACACGCUGGUCACCAAACUGAUUGCAUGUGGAUUUGGCCUGUUGUGCAUUCUGAUUGCGUACGUCACAUCUCUGCUGAACCAAGGCGUUCUACAGUACCUUGAGCUGCGUUUUAGCAAGGCAGUUCGCGUCUGCGCAACGUUCACCGUUUUCCUAAAUAUGGUGAUUUACAUGGGAAUAGUGAUCUACACGCCAGCAUUGGCACUCAAUGCGGUGACCGAUAUCAACCUGUGGGGUUCUGUUUUGGCUACGGGACUCGUCUGCACUGUUUACACGACAGUAGGUGGCAUGAAGGCUGUACUGUGGACUGACGUCUUUCAGAUGUGCGUCAUGAUGGCUGGUUUCCUCGCCAUCAUCAUCGCUGGUUCCAUGCGGCUCGGUGGGCUGGGCGCGGUCUGGCAAAUCGCUGAAGACGGAGGACGCAUCGACUUCUGGAAUUUUAACUUCGACCCGACUAUCCGUCACACCUUUUGGUCCAUUUUGAUCGGGGGCUGCUUCACGUGGUGUACAACUUACGCAGUCAACCAAUCACAGGUGCAGCGAUACAUGACGACAGGGUCCGUCAAGAGAGCCCGGAUAUCGCUGGGUUUAGCAGGUGCAGGUAUGGUGAUUGUCGCCUCAGCCGCAUGUCUGUCCGGACUGGUCAUGUACUCCUAUUACGCAGAUAAGCAAUGUGACCCUUACACCAGCAACAAAAUACAACAGACAGAUCAGCUAAUUCCAUUUUUCAUGAUGGAGCUGUUCGGGACGAUCCCUGGCCUCCCUGGUUUCUUCACUUCUGCCGUCUUCAGUGCGGCGCUCAGUACUGUGUCGUCCGGGCUGAACGCACUAGCAGCUGUGACUGCCGAGGAUCUCGUCAAGCCGUGCUUCCCCCGUAUGAGACAGGAGCGGUACACGCUGGUCACCAAACUGAUCGCAUUUGGAUUUGGCCUGUUGUGCAUUCUGAUCGCGUACGUCACCUCCCUGCUGAACCAAGGCGUUUUACAGUUGGCACUCAGCCUGUUCGGCAUGACCGGAGGACCUCUGCUUGGUCUGUUUUCUCUUGGACUCUUCUUUCCCUGGACAAAUUCAAAGGGUGCUAUCGCCGGACUACUCUCUGGUCUCGGCAUUGCCUUCUGGAUCGGCAUCGGUGCCAUCAUUUAUCCACCGGGCGCCUCUAGGCCCCCUCUAACGAUCGAAGGAUGUAACCUGACCGUGACCACACCCAGCUCACUUCUAAUGACAACGACACAGGCGCCUGAAAUACCAGCUAUGGCUGAAAUGUACACGCUGUCAUACACCUGGUACGCGUGUGCGUUUUGGGUGGUAACCGUCUUCGUUGGAUUGUUUGUCAGCUUCCUAACAGGUGCUACAAAGAGGAGGGAUAUCGACCCUGUCCUGCGCCAGCAUUGCGUGGACGGGCUCUACUGCUGCCUACCGGAAGUCAUCAAGAAACCAUUACGAUGUGGGGACGAGAAAGUGAUUUACAAAGAGAAAGACGAAGAGGCAGAGAUGAUCGAGAUUAAAGAGGUCAAGCCCGGACUGACCAAUCACAACUUCGACAACGAUGAGGUUGCCAUAUAGCGACGGUUGCCACUGAGCAACCUGGCACCAAUGAAAAUGGCUUGGACAACGGCUUCACAGCUCUGUAGUCAUUGUAACGAUUUUCAGGGAUUAAAAGUUUUCAUUUUGUCAAGUUAAUAUUCAUGCACGAUACAUUGUAUUAAAUUGAUUUGCAAUGAUCACGCAUAUCUGCUGAAGUAUCUGAAUAUUAGUAAAAAUUAGAGUUUUAAAAAAUACUUAAAACGUCCAUUAUUUCAACCACUAAUUUAAACAAUGAUUGUAAGAAUAGAUUAAGACUUCAUCGAAAUUGUGUACACAAUAAUUAAUUCCAACAUCUAGUCAGAGUUUUAAAUUUAUAUAGAUUUUAAAAGAAAAUUAAGUAUUUUACUAUUACUAUUUCAACGUGUUUAAAAGAACUCUGGGCAAGUUAUUACCAAGGAGAGUUUGUCAUUAUUGAGAAAAUAAAAUUUCUUUGAGCUCAAUUGAAA